GGAGUGAAAGCAACGUUUCAGCAGCAGAAUCCUGAACAGAAGAAGAAGAAGAAGACAGUGAGUCCUAACAUGAGGCCAACAGCUAGAGGCAUGGCGCCGGUGAUACCCAGUCACGUCCUGCGGGUGGGCCAGACCAUCCGCAUCGACUCGGCACAGGAGGCGGUCAGCGAAAGUCUGAGUCUCUCGAAACCCAGCCGUCCCGGCGAUGCCCUGGAGAUUUCCCUGGAAAACCUCAACCAGCUCAUCCUGGAGCUGGAUCCCACGUUCGAACUCAUCCAGGGCAGCCGGAGUCCCUCGUGCAUCAGCCCGGCCUCAGACGCCUCCUUCCUGGAUGACGACCGGCCCGGCGGCGUGCUGGUUCCCCGGGGAUGCUCUCCACAGUAUGCGCCCUCGCCGGCGCGAGGCGUGUCUCCCAGCAUACCCAUCCCGGCCCAGGGCAGUCCGAGCCGCAGCCCGCAGGGGGCGCUGGUGUUCUCCGGCUCCCCGACGUGCUCGCUGCCCCCGCUGCCCUGCGGCAGCGCCCCCCGGAGGACGCCCUCCUCCAGGAACGACGGCUCCCAGGGGCCGCUGCGCCCGUCGCACUCCAACAGGAACAGCGCCGUGUCGCUGCUGUCCACGUCCACCUGCUCCGACACCAGCUACAUCCUCGGCAGCACCCUCUCUCUGACCGGAGACGACUCGGACUGUGUGGACUCCAUCAUCUCGGUGACGCCCGGUUCUUUCCCCGAAGAGUCCAGAAUGAGAUACAGCCCAGAAAAGCCCCCGCUGACCAGGCGAGGACCUCUGCAGGAACCCAACGGCAAAGCGCUGUCCGUCAGCCCCGCGUCCGUCUCCGGGUCCCAGACCGACAUUCCCGUCCUGCUCAUCAACGGCGCCCCGCAGCCGGAUCUGCCGGCGGGACCGGAGAUGGACUGGAUGCCCCCUUCACCCAGGACCGGCUGCUCGGGUUUCCGGCCGCAUUCCAGCUCCAGCCAGCCGUCCAUGAAGUUCGUCAUGGACACGUCCAAGUUCUGGUUCCGUCCACACAUCAGCCGAGCAGAAGCCGAGGCUCUGAUAAAGGACCGAGAGGCCGGAGCGUUCGUGGUGAGGGACAGCACCUCCUUCAGAGGCAGCUUCGGCCUGGUGAUGAAGGUGGAGCCGGAGUCCAGCUGUGAGCCAGCAGAGAGCGGCCCAGACUCCAUCAGACACUUCCUCAUCGAGUCGUCUCCGAAAGGCGUCCGUGUGAAGGGCUCGUCCCAGGAGCCGUACUUCGGAAGCCUCUCGGCUCUGGUCUACCAGCACACUGUCUCUGCCUACGCCCUGCCCUGCAGACUGCUGCUCCAGUCCCGAGAUCUGGGAUCAGCCGAGGACAAGGCCGGUCAGACGGCAGCGCCAGAGGACGGCAGCAAAACAGCCUGUAAUUUCGUCUACCUGAACGCCGUCCCCACCGAGACGCUGACGGGCCCCUGCGCCGUCCAGAGGGCGGUGUCCUCCACCCUGGACAAGGCCGCCGCCUGCCUGACUCCCACCAUCGUCAACCUGAAGGCGUCUCUGAAGGGAAUCACGCUGACAGACAUCAACAGGAAGCUGUUCUUCAGACGCCACUACCCCGCACAUCUGCUCAGCUACGCCGGCGAAGACCCCGACAAGCGCCUGUGAGUGGAGACGCUUCCGGAAAGUGCCUGUAAAGGCAGAGCUGUUGUGUUCGAAGUGCUUCUCUUCCUCGUUCAGCUUCAUGUGUUCAUCCAGUUUCACUUCAACACAGGAAAACUACUCGCUUGACUUUUCACUCAGCAAAAUAACGUAGUCUGUUUCAGGACAAAUGACGAAAACCAAUUAAAAAAAUGCAGCAUUUAGCUUGAAUGAUCUUACAGUCUAAGAUCCUAAAACAUCCUCGUGAAGACAAACUUCCACUCACUUUAUCAAAAUGUGAUGGAAUUUGUUAUGAGUGUCGUAGACAGAGCUUCAGCUUCAGUGUAAAAUCACACAGCGGGCACAGAUCAGUCUUUAC